AUGUCACACGUAGAAAAAAGAAUAUUUGUAGGAAAUUUAAAGCAUAAUGUGGAGGGGGUAUUAAAUGAUUUGUAUGAAAGGUUUAGCAAAUUUGGUAGAUGUUUAGAUCCUGAAUUUGACAAUAAGGGUAGCUUUGCUUAUUUGAGUAUGGAGUUUCCAGAUGAGAACUCAUUUUUAAAAUUAAAAAACAGUUUUCAUAAUGUUAAAUUUAAAGAAAAUUUAUUAAAAAUAGAUACUGCAAAACCAGAUUGGAAAGAAAGUUGGUCCAAACAGCAUGAUCAAGACUUAAAGAUUAAUAUGAUUAAAGAACGUUUACAAAAGGAAAAAGAAUGGAAAUUUCACAAGAAAUUAGAAAACAUCUCUAUGAGUUGGAAAGAUCAUCGUGAUGUCAUGAAUGGAAGAAUAAGAAAAACGCCAAGACAAAAAUCACAAUUACGUAAUAUUACUUUCAGAAUUGAUGUGAAUGGUAGUUUGAAAGUUUACAAAUGUUAUAAAAUAAAAUUGUGGGGGUAUGAAAAAAAUAAAGAUUUAAGAGACUUAGUUUAUACAUUUAUUGAUAAGAAAUGGCGUAAUGGUUCCAAUCAUAUUGUUGAUAGAUUGGACUACAGUAGAGCAACUCAUAGUAUACAUUUGAGAAGUGGCAAAGACCGCAUCACCAUUUCAGCUACAAGUCAUCCAACUGAUAGUAAAACAGAAGACGCAGACAAUAAUAUUGAAGAAGGUGAUAAUAUAGAAGAAGAAGUAUUGAAAGUAGAAAAACAGAAGAAUACAGAUGUUCUAAAUCAAGUGCUUCAAGGAUUUAAUUUUGAUAAGCCUAUGGAUAUGGAGGACGAAGCUAUAAAUGAAGAGUACGGUGCUUCAGAUUAUGAACUCGAACACCAGUUUGGUGAUAGCGAUAGUGAUAGAGAAGUUUCCAACAAAAAUUUGAACAAAUCAUUAGACAAACCAAAAGAAAAAAAGAACGGUGAAACCAGUUAUAAUAAUUAUGAAGAUAAAACCUCUCGUCAUAAGAAAAACACUGAAGAGGAUUCUUAUGAAGGUGAAGACGAAGAUAAAGAGUUUAUACCUACAUUUGGUAACAAACAAGCCGACACACAGGCUCCAGAAGUGGCUAGCGGUACAAUUAGUAAUGUUAAUACAUUAAGAACAUUAUUUAAUCCUCAAGAUGAGUCAAAGUCAUCUUCAUUUAAAUUGAUUGAAGAAUCAGAUGAUGAUAUUGACAAAAAUAAAAAUAUUAAUAAUGAUGAUGACUUUGAUGCCUCCAACAAAAACGCCCAAUCCAUUAAUGACAAGAAUUUAUCUAAUCAAUAUCAUACCUUGAAGUAUCGAUUAUUCUUCCCACAUUUAGACUCACCUUUUUUAACUGGUCAAACACAAUUAGUUAAAGUAAAAGAUUCCAGUAAAGAUAACUUACUGGAUAAUUGGGAAGAAGAAUUUAGAGAAAAUAGAAUUUUGUGGUUAAAGGAGAUGAAGCGUAAAAGAAGAGAUGCAGUACGACAAUUAGCUAAAAAGAGGUCGAAAAAUAUCACAAGUGCAUUAUUAUAG